GCUAUGUAGGGGCCCACUAAAGGUAGCCUCAUUAGAGCUCCUAUCAUCCCUAUCACUCAGGAAAUUACAGAAAUUUAGAAGCUCUAUGUCAGGAACCAGGAUGAAGACCAAAUACCUUUCUACAAUAACACAGAACCUUUAGCAGAUUACUCACGGAGUGGAAUGACAGCUGCCAACCAAACCCUUUGCAUCUCAGGAUGGACUGUGCUUGUUUUUAAAAAUCAUUUUCCAGAUUAUGUAUGGAAAAAUAUUUACUGUAGAACACUUGGAAAGCAGAAGAAAAGAAAAGAAAAAUCACCUACCAUUGGCCAAUCUGCAAUAAGUCACAGAUGUAAAGAAAAGACUUAAAAAAUAACAAAGAUGCAUUUGAGCCAGAAUGCCUUAGACAUCAAAUCACUUAAUUUGAUUCUCAUGGUGGUCAUCAGCCUAGUAUUUGGUGUUUCACCGGAUUGGACUGAGUCUUCAAAUGAAGCUUGCAUUUCAAAGAUGACAUUACGAAAUUUCCGGUCAAUCUUAUCGUGGGAAUUAAAAAAUCUUUCCAUUGUCCCAACUCACUAUUCAUUAUCGUACACAGUCAUGAGUAGAGACGAAGACAUGAAGACUGUGGCGGAUUGUACAAAUAUCAAAAGAUCAUUUUGUGACCUAACAGGUGUGUGGGAAGACAUACAUGAGAUCUACCUCACGCUAGUGGAAGGAUUCAGAGGGAACAUGUUGCUGGUCAACUGCACUAGGCCUUUCAUGCCAGCCAUGGACAUUUCUUUUGAACCACCGGAGUUUGAGAUUGUUGGUUUUACAGACCAUAUUAAUGUGCUGGUGAAAUUUCCUCUGGUCACUGAGGAAGGACUGCAGUUUGAUUUAUCACUCAUCAUCGAAGAGGAGUCGGAGGGGAUUGUUAAGAAGCAUGAACCCAAAAUAAAAGAAAACACCAGUGGAGAUAUCACCUAUGUCAUUGACAAGUUAAUUCCAAACACAAACUACUGUGUAUCUGUAUAUUUAGACUCUAAAGACCAAGACACAGUAAUAAAAUCUCCUGUAAAAUGCACCUUCCUUCAUCCUGGCCAAGAAUCAGAAGCAUCAGAAUCUGCCAAAAUAGGAGGAAUAAUUAUCUUGUUUUUGAUGGCCGCGUUCUUGACAAGCACCAUAGUAAUACUGAAACGGAUUGGCUAUAUAUGCUUACGAAACAAUUUCCCCAAAGCCUUGAAUUUUCAUAACUUUUCAGUCUGGAUUCCCAAGCUACCACCGUGCGAAGCCAUGGACUUAGUAGAGGUCAUUUCUAUCAACAGAAAGAAGAAAGUGUGGGAUUACAGUUAUGAUGAUGAGAGUGACAGUGAUAAUGAAACCAGCCCCAGAACAAGUGGAGUUGGUUACACCAUGCACGGCCUAACAGGCAGACCUCUGAGCCAGGCCUCUGCUUCCUCAGCCACAUCUGUGGAGUCCCAGUCCACAGACCCAGACUCCUCUGACCAGCCUGACCUGCCUGAGGCUCAUGCGGAGCUCCCCGUGAUCCCAGCACACAGCCCCUGGCAGUUGGAACAUAUAAGUGAGCCCUAUGAGAGGAGAGAGAGUCCCCUCCAGGAUCCUUUCUCUGAAGACAGCAGCUCCACUGAGCAGUCUGGAGACAGAAUUAUCUUCAAUGUAGAUUUAAACUCUGUGCUUAUGAGGGUCCCCAAUGACGAUGACAACAAUGACAAUGACAGUGACAACUCAGAAGAAGACCCUCUGAUGUUGUUAUCUCUUCCAGAAGAGACAGUUGAUCCAGAGGAUCCACACACAAUGGAAUCAAGCCUUCUGCUGGCCAGUGGAGAGGGGACACAGCCAACUUGCCCCAGCUCCUCUUCAGAGUGUGUGUGGCCUGAAGAUGCUCCAUCUGAUAAAAGUGAUGCUGUGGAGUCAGAUGCUGACUUUGGCGAUGGCUAUGUAAUGAGAUGACUUCACAGCUAA